GAAAGGAGGAGGGAGAGAAGAGGAGGAAUACAUGGAGGCAGCAAAAUACUCCGCUGUGGAUAUAGGAUAUUUCAGCAUCCCUCCUGUUUUUUGCAUCAGAGCAGGAUGAAGCCCCAGGAGGAUUCCUUCGGUUGUUUGUAACAAUUGGCAAGCUGCCGUCUCGUGUACAGAAUGGAGGUGUGUGCAAGGGUCGGAUUGGCAAGAACUGCUGCCUCCUAUGACCAGCUUGUUCGUCAGGUGGAGGAUCUUAAGAAGGAGAAUACCCACCUAAGAAGAGAGCUGCAGGAUAAUAGCAGCCAACUAAACAGACUUGAACAUGACACAUCUGAUAUGAAGGAAGUUUUGAAGCAUCUUCAGGUCAAGCUUGAACAGGAUGUUGGGGGGUCAGCAGGUCACACUGAAAUGCUGGAUCAAUUUAAAGUUUUGCAGGAUGAUAUGCCUGGUCUUUAUAAUCCAUAUACCUCACCUGCCAUUGGCCCAGAUAUCCCUGCCACCCCCAUGCAUUUGGAGAUCCCUCAAAAAAGAGCAAGGGAUGAAAGCCGAACAAGUGAACUUCUAAUGCAGGAGCUGGAGAAAGAAAGAUUGUCGCUUUUAGGGGAAAUUGAUAAGGAGGAAAAAGAAAAAUUGUGGUAUUACUCACAAAUUCAAAGUUUGUCCAAGCGGCUAGAGGAAUUGCCACGUACUGAGACGUUCUCUUUACAGAUUGACCUUAUCCGACAGCAGCUUGAGUUUGAAUCAGAUCAUCUGCAUUGUGUUUUGGAAGAGAGAUUUGGAACAGCAGAUGAGAUGGUGCAGAGAGCACAGAUUCGGGCAUCUCACCUAGAGCAAAUAGACCAACAGUUGGAAGAAAUGCAAAGUAAAGAAGUGAAAGAGCAUCAAGUUGUUGAGAAAAAAUGCAUGGCAGACAAGAUGAAUACAGAGGUUGUUGUUCCUCCCGAUGACAACUCAGGGCAACAAGAAAGCAAGGUGGAAGUUGUAUUUUGGCUGCUCUCUAUGCUGGCUACCCGAGAUAAGGAUGACAUGUCACGUACCCUUUUGGCAAUGUCCAGCUCCCAGGACAGCUGUCAGGCCAUGCGCAAAUCUGGCUGCCUCCCCUUGCUAAUUCAAAUCCUGCAUGAGGCAGAGCGAGAUGAAAGUACACAAGACUCUUCUGCAUUUAAGGAUGCCAGGAUGCGUGCAAAUGCUACCCUGCACAAUGUUAUUUUUUCUCAGCCAGACGAAGGACAGGCUAAGAAGGAGAUGAGAGUUCUGCACAUCUUGGAACAGAUUCGUUCUUACACAGAAACCUGCUGUGACUGGAUGCUAGAGCAUGAACGAGGAGGGAACAUACAUGAGUGCAACCCAGUCCCUGUGGAGCCACAGAUCUGCCAAGCAAGCUGUGCAAUCAUGAAGCUGUCAUUUGAUGAGGAAUAUCGCAGGGCAAUGAAUGAGCUUGGUGGCCUACAGGCUAUUGCUGAGCUCCUUGAGAUGGACUAUCUGAUGAACAGAAUGACAAGUGAUCCCCUUAGCUUAGCCUUAAGGCGCUAUGCGGGAAUGGCUCUCACUAAUCUUACUUUCGGGGAUGUAGUGAACAAGGCGACACUAUGUUCCCGCCGAGGUUGCAUGCAGGCAAUUGUAGCUCAUCUGGCAUCUGAAAAUGAAGAAUUGCAGCAGGUGGCAUCCAGUAUCUUAAGAAAUCUGUCAUGGAGGGCAGAUAUUAAUAGUAAGAAAAUUCUGCGUGAAGUCGGCAGUGUGAUCAGCUUAAUGCAAUGCGCUUUGCGGGCCAAUAAGGAGUCAACACUGAAAAGUGUACUCAGUGCUCUGUGGAAUCUCUCUGCACACAGCACUGAGAACAAGGCCUCUGUCUGCUCAGUGGAGGGAUCGCUGGGCUUCUUAGUCAGCACAUUGACCUACAAGUGCCAGAGCAAUUCGUUGUCAAUCAUUGAGAGUGGUGGAGGAAUCCUGCGUAAUAUAUCCAGUUUGAUUGCUACACGUGAUGAUUACAGGCAGAUCCUGCGUGAUCACAACUGUCUCCAGACUCUUCUGCAGCAUCUCAAGUCUCACAGCUUGACCAUAGUCAGUAAUGCCUGUGGAACUCUAUGGAACUUAUCUGCACGGUGUGCUCAGGAUCAGGAGCUUUUGUGGGAUCUAGGAGCUGUCAGUAUGUUACGAAACCUCAUUCACUCCAAGCACAAGAUGAUUGCCAUGGGCAGUGCAGCUGCACUAAGAAACUUGCUUGCACACCGCCCUCUGAAGUACAAGGAUGCUUCUGUAAUCUCUCCUGGUUCCUGUAUGCCUUCUCUAUAUAUGAGGAAGCAGAAGGCGCUGGAAGCUGAGCUGGAUGCAAGGCACUUGGCUGAAACCAUUGACUCUAUGGACAAACAAUGCCUUAAAUCACAGCCAGUGAAGGGUCCACUGAGGCACAUUGAAAGCCUGGUUAAGGAUUAUGCAUCAGAUUCUGGUUGCUUUGAUGAUGAUGAAAUUCCAAAUACGUCCAUCAGUGCAGAAACUGGCAACUCCUCUGUACUUUCUAUGUAUCUUAACCUGUCCUAUACCCAAGGGCAGAACAUUCCACGAACAGGGUCCCUAAAGAGAGCAGGAGAGCUAGAGAAGGUUGACAGCCGUAAAAAUGAAAUUAAGAAACCACAUGAAAAUGUCUCAACAGCUGAUAAAUUGGCAACUAAAAUGCCUUCUGCAAUAUCUAAGAUAGACAGACUUUUUGAAGAUGUUUCUACAAUGCAUACAUCUUCAGAUGACAGUUUUAGCCUGAGCUCAGAGGAUCAUUGCAUUGACUGGCCCUGUGGUACACAUGAGCUACAUGAAGCUAGAGCUCAUUCCUGUUCUCCUUGUAGAUUAUCAGACAACAGUGGUCUAUUAAGGCGAAAUAAUAUAAGUAGAGCACAAGCUCUAUUGCGCUUGAAAACUGCUUACACAAGCCUCUCUAAUGACAGUUUAAACAGUGGCAGCACAAGUGAUGGAUACUGUCCAAAGGAACAUAUGAAACCCUGCAGCAGAGCUACCUUUAUGGAUUACAAGGAUGAGUUGCAUAGGUAUCAAAAACGCCCAAGUCGUCUGGAUCUAAAGAGUGUUUUGGUCCUCAAACCAGAAAGAAAUGAGUUAGCUGAACACCAGAAAAAAGAAGUGCCUCCCAUAGAAGAUCAAAGGCAGCUUUACGACCCAGCAAUUAAAGGUGUAUCACUUAAAAGUCUGAAGAACAAAGAGGGUACUGAGAAAACUGAAGAUUUUGUAAAAAACACAAGUAGCCCUUUACCAGCAGAUCCUUUGGUGCACACCAUAAAGCUAUCUCCUUCAUAUAAGCACAUUGGAAAUGUAUCGAGUAAUGUGUCAGGGGUUCCUGGAAGUAGUGUACAACAAAAAAAAUCAUGGUUGCUCACAUCACAGAUACCUGACUCUUAUAUAAAGACUUUUGAAAAUGCUUCUAAUCACUCCUCAACAGAACAGGAAUCACUACAAAAAUAUGCAGUAGAGGGAACCCCAAUAAGUUUCUCUCGAUGCAGUUCUCUUUCCUCUCUAUCAUCGGGAGAUAACAUACUGGAUGGGCAAAGCCGUAGUGAUAAUGAGAUAGACAGCGACUCAUCCCUAGAGAUACUAGAGAUGGAGGAAGGCAAUAUACAAAGCAAGUACAAAGAAAUAAAAUAUUCAGCAGUAAAACAAAGAGCAGUUUCUCCUGUUACAUCCCAAACCAUGGUUAUUCCUAUCCCAAAACCUGAAAAACAUUUUUUCCGGGACAUUUCACCUUCUAGGAAUGAGGACAUGACUCCUUCCAGCUCUUCAGAUAAUUAUAUUCAGGAAACUCCUUUGGUGAUGAGUCGUUGCAGCUCAGUUAGUUCCCUUGGUAGCUUUGAGAGUCCUUCCAUUGUCAGUUCUAUUCAGAGUGAUCCAUGCAGUGAGAUGAUUAGUGGAACAAUAAGCCCAAGUGAGUUGCCAGAUAGCCCUGGACAGACCAUGCCACCAAGCAGGAGCAAAACUCCAAGCUUUGAGACUAGUGGGCACCCAGAAAGAGAGACUAGCCAGUUCAAUAUACAGUGGGAGAACAAUGUAAAAAAGUUCAUGGAAAUAACAGAUUUUAAAGAAAGGUUUCAGAUUCCAAGAGAUAUUGACUCCAUGAUUUAUUUCACAGUGGAAAAACCAACAGAAAAUUUCUCUUGUGCCUCAAGUCUGAGUGCUUUGCCUUUGCAUGAACAUUACAUUGAGAAAGACGUGGAGCUGAAACUCAUUCCUCCCUUUUCUGACAAAAAUUGUUUAAACUUUGUUGCACAUGAGAAACAAGCAGAAAAUAUGGAGGAAAGGAUCCUGGGAAUGAUGUCAAAGUCUGAACUCGAACUUGUUUCCGAUGAUGAUAUUGAUAUUUUAAAAGAGUGCAUAAAUUCAGCCAUGCCCUCUCAUUUACGUAAUGCUAAAACAUCAGUCCUUUCAGGACAUAUACUUAAUUCAUCAAGUACAAAGCCCACUCAUCUCCCAGUAUAUAUGUUGGUUCCAGCACAUACACAGCUGACAGAACCAAAGAUCUUCCAAUCAAAGAAAGACUUGCUUAAGGAUGACUCUUCUUACACUGAUUCAGCAGAGGGGACACCAGUUAACUUCUCCAGUGCUGCAUCCCUUAGUGAUGAAACAUUACAUUACCCUCUUAAAGAAGACCAAGAUCUGAAAGAAAGGCAGAGAAUCCAGAAAGAAAAAAGAGAAUUUGGGACCAUGUUAGAUAGUGAUUUGGAAAAAAAGAGAAAACCAAUAUACACAAUGGAAAAUGUAGCAGAUCAUGAGGAGAUGAGGAUACAUUUUCACUAUGCAAACCAAGCCAAAAUUAAUAGCAAAGGAAAGAGACCCACUAAUCCAGCUUAUCCAUUAAAAGCACAACAAACAACAACCCUUGGAGGCCCUGAACCACAGGGUAAAGUAAAAUAUGAUUCUAUGACUUUUGUCUCUCCUGGUCAUCCAUCAAAACUGGAUUUGAAUCAGUGUGAAUAUGUCCAUGGAAACUUAGCUUUUCAGUCAUUCUGCCACACCACACCAACUGAAGAGGCAGUUUAUUGUUUUUACGAGGAGGACACAGAUACACUGUGUUCAAACAAAAAUUCUCCAAAAAUAAAACAGGAGCCAUCAAAAUCUCCUAGAAAAAGUCUCCAUAAACGAGUGUCAAAGAGAGAAACCGAUAAGCUUCCAGUAGCUAGCAAAUCCAGCAAUUCUACUUCUACAUUCUCAAAUUUAAUAGAGGAUGAACCCAUCCCUUUCUACUCUCUCAGUUCAUCUAUGAGUUCACUCAGUGACAUGGAACUUUUAUGUGCCACAGAAAAGGUAGAUAAAUUCAAAAGACAUUCAGCUAGGCUUCAGUGCAGGAGUCUAAGUAUUCAUGCUGGAAAUAGAGAUUCCUCUGUCAGUCGAACUUCAGAUGAGGAAAUAUGCUCCUCUUCAGUAUUACCUAGGAGAAGAAGAACCUCAGCCCGCAAAAGGAAACACAAGAUUAAACUCUCUGGUAAAAGUGAUCUUCAACAAAGUUCUGUUGAAGACAGAUCACCAGACGGAGGUGAGAUGUCGGAUUUAGACAACAUAGACUGGGAAGCAAUCAAAGAAGGUGCUAAUUCCAUUGUCAGCUGGAUACACCAAGCUGCUUCCUCUAUCUCCGGGAGCACUUCAUCUCUAUCAAGAGGCCCUUCAUCUGAUUCUCUUAUGUCUAGCCCAUCAACAUUGACACAUCAACCUUUACAAGUAAAUCAUAAACAAAGCAGAGAAUGGCCUUUGCGUAACAGGAUCCAGAAUUUCAACAAAGCUGACACAAACUGUAAUCAAGAAGCUAAAAAUGUCAGAGAAAGAAAAGUUAUUUCUAACCAAAAGCAAGCAUCUAACAUCCCUAUGGUUCUCCGAGGUCGUACAGUUAUUUACGUACCAGCCAAGGAGAAAGAAUCAUCAACCAAACUACUUCAAAAUCAAACUCCUCACAUUGAAGAUCCAACAAAGGUGGCGACCACUGUGCGAUCUCGAAGCCUCCAUCGCCUAGGGAAAUCUUCAGACCUUGGAGUGGAAUUGACAUUGCCUAAAAGAAGUGCUACACCCCCGGCUUGUAUCAGAAAUGCAUCCUCCUCUAGCUCCUCUCGAAAUGCAACUUCUUCACAUAAAGCACAAGAGGCAAUUUCCAAAAGGUCCAAAAAUACCCAGGUUCUUCCUGGUAAUAAGACUCAGAAGUCCCCUGUAAGAAUUCCAUAUAUGAAAAAGCCUACACCACGUUGCCCCCCUGGUACUUCACCACUUGCUAUAGAAACUGUCAGCCCUCGGCAGAGUCCCAACAGGAGAUUAAGUCCUCAAGGUAGCAGACUUAACCAAGUUAAGAGCAAUGAAUCUGGUAUGUUACGCCAGGUAACUUUCAUCAAGGAAGCUUCAGGAAGUAUGAGACGUCAACACUCUGACCUGUCAGUGUCACAGAGACAACACCAUAUUCCUCCCAACAAAAACUCAGCUCUACCUGCUGUUUUUCUCUGUUCUUCUCGAUGUGAGGAACUAAAAGUCCACAAACAAACUAAGCCAAAAAUGACCACUUCUCCUAACUGCCCUCCUAGAAGAACAAGCUCUGAAAGUCCCUCCCGCCUUCCAGUUAGGAAUCUUCCUCCCCCUCCUGAACCAUUUAAGAGAUACUCCUCUUCUCCUCACAUAAAUCUCCCAGGGCCACGUGGUGAGUUUAGGAAAGACCAUAAUGGUUCCAAAGCUGAGGGCACAAGAGUCCCAAGAACUCACACUGCAUCUAGCCAAGGCAGAGCAACCUGGAGAAGAAUUAGAGAUGAAGAUAUCCCCCAUAUUCUCAGGAGCACUCUUCCAGCAUGUGCUCUGCCACUUACUGAUGAUGUAUCCGAGCCACGCCGGAAAACAAGUGAUGCUGUAGUACAGACUGAAGACAUUACGGUCACAAAGACUAACUCCAGCACUUCACCCACUCUAGAGAGCAGCUCCAUGGGAAGUAGAAACAGACCUGGCUUAGCCUCAUCGCUACUGCCAGAGCUGGGAAAAAGUGCAGUUGCUGUUGUAAACCUACCUACCAGUAGGCAUAGCUCUCCCAGCCGUGCUGCACGUGUAACACCUUUUAACUAUGUGCCCAGCCCAAUCUUGACAGUAACAGAGGAAGCUGCAGGGAAAGUUACUAGUGAAUAAGUGAAGCAAUUACAGUCUACUUUUCUUAGCUGGUGGAACAGAGUUUAUUGCCAUCCCCAAGGCAUGCAUGGUUCAUAAGUGCAGAACCCAAAUAUUAAAACUAUCCUUUCCUGUCUUGUCACUGAUCCAUGAAUCCUGUGCACUUUGGAAUAAUAAAUAUUUCUUAUUGGAAUUGACUUUAUAAUGUGUAAUGCAAAUAACGGCACUUUAUGGAUAUGUAAAUUUGACACAUCUGCACAUUUGACAUGUAUUGAAGCAAAUUAAUUGCCAGGAAAUGGAAAUGUUUUGUCAUAUGAUUUAACUUGGAGCACAAGUUAUUUUAUUAAAGGAUAGUGGUGAAAAUGUGGAUAUUAUAUGUAAAAUUAACAUAUUUUCUUCCUGUAUGAAUGUGUGCUAAAAGAGAUUCCCUUUCCUGUGGACGCAAUCAAGAACUAUCAAUAUAAAAUGUGCAAGUAAAUGCAAACACUUAUGAGUCACUGGGCCUGAGUGCAGUCCAUAUGCCAAGACAUAUCCAAAAAAGAAGAGCGAUCCGCACUUCACAGGACUUAUAACAUCCAAAGUGCUUUAUUACUAGUACCAACAUUAAAGGCUGGUGGUCCAGGUGAAAUGUUGGUACUUGCCAUAAUGCACCUUGAUUAAACUAUUGACAAAAUGCCUACAUAUAAUCCUUCAAGCAAAGCCUUAAUAUAAGUGUAGCUACAUGUUUCUUACACAUACUGGCUAUCCUAACAAAGUAUAACCACAGCUCUGCUUAUGAGAAGAUUCCAACUACUAUAAGAGCAGAGAAUGAAAAAAAUGUUCAAACUUUUUCUUAUUGCCAAAUUUAAAGCUCCAACAAUGAAUGGCUUUGGGCAUUAGCUGGCGUUCCAGGCAACUUGAAUAACGAUCAUUGGCCAUUUUAUGAGCAUUUGUUGCAGCACUUGGGUUUUUUUUUUUUCCUUAUUAUAUUGAAAUUCCAUGUGCUUAGAAUAUUUUUAAUUUAACCAUGCGCUUUCUCAGCUUUCAUUCCUUCUUUCAUUCUUUCAGCCAUUUUACAGUGUCUUCUUAAUCUUUGUUACGCCUCAUGGACAGUGAAUUGGACAACGAGGAAACUAAAUGAGCUAACUGUUCCUGCCUGCAGUCAAUUUCAGGGUAUAUCUUGCUCCCUUUUUGAAACUAUUCAACCCAAAUAUAUAUGGGAAGGGAGGAACAUGAACAAUUCCAGGUUUUUUACAUGCAUUGAAGAGACUUGAGAAAGUGUAACCUUAGCACAGAACAAGAAUUUUCCUCACUAUGUCUGCAUUUUCCAGUGUUAGAAAAGAAAUUCAAAUGCCAUUUGAGUUUAUUAUAUGUAUGAAAUGUAAAAAUUAAUAAAAUCCACCAUUUAUGAAAAUAAAA